CACAGUUUCAUUUCUAAGCAACAGAAAAAACUUCAGUUGCAGAAUACCAACAACGGACAUUGUGUGGAGAUCUGCAUCACAUUGCUGCUGCCUGCUUUCCAAAUAUCGCCAUGACAGUGCCUGAGCAGGUGACCUACGAAGUCUUCUGUUUAUCCCUGGCAGCUCUAGUGCUGGCUGUGAUUGAGCUCCUGCUGCUCUGUUGCGUCCUCAAACAAAUCAGAAACAGAUACCAACAUGGAACCGACUCAAGGGGCCAUAAAGGUCUGGCUGUGUGUUCAGUGGAAAAAAAAGGACCCAAAAAAAACAUCACCGAGAUGCAGAUCUCAGCAGAACAACCUAGUCGUAAACUGACUGUCAGAACCAAGCCCGACCAUGCAGACCAGCUGCUGGACCACCUGCUGGACAGAGUGUUUCUCCAGGGGAAUGCAGGACUAGCAUCUGGAGGAGAAUCCCCAGCGGACGUUGAAUCACAAACUGGAGGAGAAUUCAAGAAGGAAGUUGGAAUAGAACCUCAGAAGAACCUUAGAGAAGGAUCUGGAUCAUACCCAGAAGCUUCAACAUCCACUUCUCAUCCUCAAAGAGCUGUGAAUCCUCUUCAUAACAGACUGCAGCAGUGGUUCCAGGUGACUGCUCCUGGUCAACAUGAGAAAAAAAGACAUUUCAAAACUGCAUCCCAUCAAACAUCUUCUGUGGAUCAAACCAACAACACGUACUCGCAGCAGUCCCAUGAAUCCCAGCAUGGCUCUUCCUCAUCUAAGGGUCCUUCAUCCACUGCAUCCUCAGAGGAAGACAAGUAGCACGAUGGGACAGAAGAUCAGAAACACAAACACUGAUCAGAUUCUGAAAGAAUCUGUCAAAUAAAACAGCAGAGCAUA